AUGUUGCUCCGCGGCCUCGUGGCCUUGGGCUCUUUGUUCCUUUUCAACGAAGCCCAAACCAACGCCACCUCCCCCCCCCUCCGCCGGCUCUACCCCUUCGUCGCCGAUGCAGAUCCUUCAACUAUUGUCGAGCCAGAGAAGCCCCUGGACAUCCCUGUGGGCUUUCUGACCCAGUCGGACCCUGGGAGGCCCUCAGGGGGCCUCUCCCAGGGGGGCCCCCCGGGUGGAGUGGGGGCCCCCCCCGAGGCUGAGGCCUCCAGCGGGGGCCCUGCUGCUGCUGCUGCUGCUUCUCCCGCUGUCUCCAGCUCUGAGGAAGAAGCAGCAGCAGCGCCGCCCAGGUUCUCCUGGUUCUACCCCGGCGAUGUCCCGCCCGCGUCUUCUUCGGGAGGCAGCAGCAGCAGCAGCAGCAGCAGCAGCAGCCUGCCCAGCGACGGCUCUGAAGGAAGCAACAUCGCUGUAGGCCCCAGCAGCAGCAGCAGCAGCAGCGAACUCGGCAGCAGCGGCAGCAGCAGCCUCGGCAGCAGCGGCAGCAGCCUCGGCAGCAGCGGCAGCAGCCUCGGCAGCAGCGGCAGCAGCCUCGGCAGCAGCGGCAGCAGCGGCAGCAGCCUCGGCAGCAGCGGCAGCAGCCUCGGCAGCAGCGGCAGCAGCAGCAGCAACGGAGACUCUCUGGGAAGCUCGCCUUCGUUUGAGAGCAGCUCGAGCAGCGGCGGCGUCGACAGCAGCAGCAGCAGCAGCAGCAGCGACAGCAGCAGCAGCAGCAGCAGCAGCUUCUCCAGAGGCCGCUUCUCUUCCUCAGCAGCAGGAGAGUCUGGGGAGGCCUUAGAGGGGGCCCCCCAGCAGCCGCCCCGCCUCAUCCCGUACGGCCCCAGCAGGAGGCCCCAGGGGCCCCCCCCGGGGGCCCCCCAGGGGCCCCCCGAGGGGCCCCCCGAGGGGGCCCCCGAGGGGCCCCUCGAGGGGGGCCCCCAGGGGCCCCCCCCCUCCUUCGAAGACUCGGAAUCUAUCAGCAGCAAUGCUGCAGCAGAUGAAGAAGCUUCUGAAGACAACUUCGGAGAUAUAGAGUCUGGAGGGUCUUCGGGUUCUUGGGGGCCCCCCGGGGGGCCCCCCAGCAGGCCCUUGGGGCCCCCCAGGAGGCCCUUGGGGCCCCCCAGCGGGCCGCAGGGGCCCCCGCAGCAAGAAAGCGAGGUUUUCGAGAGCGAGCCCCGCAGCAGCAGCAGCAGCAGCAGCAGCAGGUGGCCUGGCAGCCGCAGCAGCAGCAGCAGCAGCAGCAGCAGCAGCAGCAGCGAAGAGUCGCGCCCUUAUGACUUUUCUCGAGAUUCGGAAAUAGAAGAUGAAAACGAAGAAGAGGAAAUUGAGGAAAUAGAAAAUGAAAAUGAAAUUGAAAAUGGAAAUGAACUUGAAGACGAAAACGAAGUUGAAAAUGAAAAAGAAAUUGAACAAGUUCCUGGAGACAGAAGAGAAAAAAGAAAAGAUUUGGAAAGAGAAAAUGAAUUUGAAGAAGACAGAAGAGGCCGGGAAGAAAGAGGAGAGUUUGAAAGAGACGGGGAGCGCAGCAGCAGCGGCAGCAGCAGACGCAGCAGCAGCCGCAGCAGCAGCCGCAGCAGCAGACGCAGCAGCAGCAGCAGCAGCGGCAGCAGCAGCGGCAGCAGCAGCAGAGCAGCAGAGCUCCUCAAAGCAGCACAAAGAGCCAAGGAAGAAGCCUUCAAGCUGAAGCAAGUGGCCGAGGAGGCGCAGCAAGCAGCAGAAGCAGCAGCAGCAGACUCGGAGGAAGCAGCAGCAGCAGACUCGGAGGAAGCAGCAGCAGCAGACAACGAGGAAGCAGCAGCAGCAGACAACGAGGAAGCAGAAUCUGCAAACUCGGAGGAAGCAGCAGCAGCAGACAACGAGGAAGCAGCAGCAGCAGACGACGACGAAGCAGCAGCAGACUCGGAGGAAGCAGCAGCAGACGACGAGGAAGCAGCAGCAGCAGACGACGAGGAAGCAGCAGCAGCAGAGUCUGAGGAAGCAGCAGCAGCAGAAUCUGAGGAAGCAGCAGCAGCAGAAGACAGCGAGAGACUUGGCCGCUCACGGUCUCGGCGAGAAGACGAAGCUAAAGAAGAGAGAGCAGCAGCAGCAGACUCUGAAGCAGCAGCAGCAGCAGCAGCAGAAGGCCGAGAGGAAGCAGCAGCAGAAGCAGACUCGCGCGACGAGGACUCUUCGGAAGCAGCAGCAGAGUCCAGGGGCCACGCAGCAGCAGCAAGAGAGUCGAGAGAAGCAGCAGCAGCAGCAGCAGACUCCGAAGACUCGGAAGCAGCAGCAGAAGACUCUGAGGAAGAAGCAGCAGCAGCAGCAGAGUCCCGCGAUGCAGCAGCAGCAGCAGGCGAGGACCGCGACGAAGCAGCAGCAGCAGCAGACUCCAGACACGAAUCCGAAGACGCAGCAGCAGCAGACUCCAGGGGCCGCGCAGCAGCAGCAGCAAGAGCAGCAGCAGCUUCUCGCAACGAAGCAGCAGCAGCAAAGUCUCGCCGCGAAGAAGCAGCAGCAGCAAGAAGGUCUCGCCGCGAAGCCUCAGCAGCAGCAGCUUCUCGGGAAGAAGCAGCAGCAGCAGACUCUGACGAGGAAGCAGCAGCAGCAGACUCUGACGAGGAAGCAGCAGCAGCAGACUCCGACGAAGCAGCAGCAGCAGCAGACUCUGACAAAGCAGCAGCAGCAGCAGCAGAAGACUCUUUUGCUGUUGCUGAAGACCUCCAAGCAGCAGCAGCAAGAGCUCAAGCAACAGCAGAAGCCCUGGAGGAAGCAGCAGAGGAGGCGCUGCAGGCAGCAAAAGCUGCGCGCAGCAGCAGCAGCAGCAGCAGCAGCAGCAGCAGCAGCAGCAGCAGGGGAGAAGCAGCAGGGGAGCGCUUCGGGGCCCUCCCCGAGGAGAGGCCUCGAUCCCAGGAGGCCGGGAGACGAUCCCAGGAGUUCAAAAGACGAUCCCAGGAUCGCCUUGACGGGGAUCGAUCCCAGGACUUCGAAAGACGAUCCCAGGACUUCGAAAGACGAUCCCAGGGAGCAGAAAGACGAUCCCAGGAUCGAGUUGAUGGGGAUCGAUCCCAGGAGGCUGGGAGACGAUCCCAGGAUCGAGUUGACGGAGAUCGAUCCCAGGAACGGCGUGGGGAGCGAUCCCAGGAUCGGUUUGAUGGGGAUCGAUCCCAGGAGGCUGGAAGACGAUCCCAGGAUCGCCUUAACGGGGAUCGAUCCCAGGGAGCAGAAAGACGAUCCCAGGAUCGGUUUGACGGGGAUCGUUUUGAGGAACGGCGUGGGGAGCGAUCCCAGGAAGCUGGGAGACGAUCCCAGGAUCGGUUUGAUGGGGAGCGAUCCCAGGAGGGUGGGAGACGAUCCCAGGGGGUAGAAAGACGAUCCCAGGAUCGGUUUGACGGGGAUCGAUCCCAGGAGUCCGGGAGACGAUCCCAGGAGUCCGGGAGACGAUCCCAGGGCCGGUCUGAAGCUGCUGAAGAAGAAAGAGAAGAAAGGAGAGAAGAAAAUGAAAAAAGAGAAGAAGACAAAAGAGAAGAAGAAGAAAGAGAAGAAGAAGAAAAAGAAGAAGAAAGAGCAGCAGCAGCAGACAGCAGCAGCAGCAGCGGCGAAGAAGACAGCAGCAGCAGCAGCUCCCCAGUAGUGGUCCAGGUGGCCCAGCCAGGCAGCAACAGGUUCUCUUCUGGGGACUCUGCUGCAGCAGCAGACCGCCCGAAGCAGCAGCAGGAAGACGAGGAGGAAGAGCAGCAGCAGCAGCAGGAAGAGCAGCAGCAGCAGCAGCAGCAGCAGCAGCAGCGCAGGCUGCAGCCCGGCCGCGGAGGCAGCGGGAGGCCCCCAGCCCCGCCCCAGGGGGGGGCCCCCCUGGUGGACUCUGGCAGAGGGGGGGCCCCCGGGGGGCCCCUCGGGAGGGCCCCCAGUCACCAUUUGCUGCGGGACCCUCUUAGAGAGGGAGAGAGGCCCCCACAGGGGCCCCCUGGGAGGGGCCCCCCGGAGGGGGGCCCCCUGGGGGCCCCCGAGGGGGGCCUCCGGGGCCCCUUUAGGGCCCCCUCUCACGGAGACAGGCGUCUUUCGGAGGCAGAAGAGGGCCUCGAGGACUCUCUAGAAGACAGCAGCAGCAGCAGCAGCGACAGCAGCAGCAGCAGCGACAGCAGCAGCAGCAGCGACAGCAGCAGCAGCAGCAGCGGGGAACACCAGCACUUAGUCGAGCGCGAGGGCCAGGGGGGCCCCCAGGAGGCCCCCAAGGCCCCCAAGGAGGCCCCCAAGGAGGGCCCCAAGGAGGGCCCCAAGGAGGGCCCCAAGGAGGCCCCCAAGGACCCCAAAGAGGCCCCCAAGAGCCCCAAGGAGGGCCCCAAGGAGGGCCCCAAGGAGGGCCCCAAGGAGGGGGGCCCCAAGGAAUCCCCCAAGGAGGGGGGGGCCCCCAAGGAGGGGGGGGCCCCCAAGGAGGGGGGGGCCCCCAAGGAGGGGGGGGCCCCCAAGGAGGGGGGGGCCCCCAAGGAGGCCCCUAAGGAGUCUGCAAAAAGGUCUUCAGAGUCGAAGCCGGAGCAGCCCAAGAGAGCUGCUGCGGGGCCGCGGUCUAGAGCAGCCGUGCCGCAGCAGCAGCAGCAGCAGCAGCAGCAGCAGCAGCGCCUCGCGGUGCGCAGCGGCAGCCGCCAAGGCAACCACAGGGGCGACAGCAGCAGCAGCAGCAGCAGCAGCAGCAGCAGCAGACCCGGCAGGGGCCCUCCGAGCGACAGGCCAUCUGCAGGCCACAGCAGCGGCAGACCAUCUGAGGGCAGCAGCAGCAGCGGCAGACCAGCAGCCGGCAGCAGCAGCAGGCCUGCAGCGAGCAGCAGCAGCAGCAGCAGACCCGCGGCGAGCAGCAGCAGCAGCAGCAGACCUGCGGCGGGCAGCAGCAGCAGCGGCAGACCAGCAGCGGGCAGCAGCAGCAGCGGCAGACCAGCAGCGGGCAGCAGCAGCAGCGGCAGCAGACUCUCCGCGAGCAGCGGCAGCGGCAGCGGGAGACUCCCCGUGAGCAGCAGCAGCAGCAGCAGCAGACUCCCCGCGAGCAGCAGCAGCAGCAGACUCCCCGCGAGCAGCAGCAGCAGCAGCAGACUCCCCGCGAGCAGCAGCAGCAGCAGCAGACUCCCCGCGAGCAGCAGCAGCAGCAGCAGCAGGCCGGCGGGGGCCAGACCAGUGGUCAGGCCCAGCAGAGCAGGCAGCAGCAAAGAAGAAAACCUCGCCGAGGACGAGCAGCAGCAGCAGCAGCAGCAGCAGCAGCAGCAACCUGAAGAAGAACUUCCUGAAGAAGAACUUCCUGAAGAAGAACUUCCUGAAGAAGAACUCCCUGAAGAAGAACUCCCUGAAGAACCCGAGGGGCCCCCCGAGGGGCCCCCCGAGAGGCCCGAGAGGCCCGAGGGGCCCCCCCAGAGGCCCCCCCAGAGGCCCGAGAGGCCCGAGGGGCCCCCCCAGAGGCCCGAGAGGCCCGAGAGGCCCCCCCACAGACCCGAGGGG